AUGGCAGCGCCUUUCAACACCGAGCGCCACGUGAAAUAUUACCUCCGCUGCCUCAAGACCUUCCUACCGUCGGCUUAUACAUCCAAUGACUCAAAUCGCAUGCUCCUAGCCUUCUUUACGAUCUCGGGGUUGGAUAUUCUGGGUGUUCUUCAGGAGAAAACGACAUUAGAAGAGAGACAAGGAUAUAUCAACUGGCUGUACCACUGUCAGGUCCCUACAGGUGGAUUCCGGGGAUUUACAGGAACAGAUUUCGGGGCAGCGAGACAUACGGAAGGAAAUAGCAUCUGGGACCCGGCUAAUGGGCCAGCUACAUUCUUUGCGCUGGUGAAUUUACUUAUCCUGGGCGAUGAUCUAUCCCGGGUCAAACGAAGAGAAUGUCUUGAGUGGUUACCGAAGCUCCAGCGAUCGGACGGAAGUUUUGGCGAAGUCCUUGGACCUGGCGACAGUAUUGCGGGUGAUCGUGACCUUCGAUAUUGUAUGUGUGCCGCUGGUAUUCGAUAUAUGCUACGAGGGGGUGUGAGCAAAGGUGUCGAGGAUAUAAAAGAUAUCGAUGUGCCAAGGUUUAUCUCAUUUAUCGAGGCCUGCCAGGCUUACGAUGGCGGAAUGGCCGAAUCACCGUUUCGUGAACCCCAUAUUGGAUCUCUAGAAUUUCUGCGUCGGGGAAAAGGAGACAUCCACUCGGUUCCGAUGCUGUCCCCGGGCUCGAGGAAGUAUGAGACAUUGGUGGGCUGGUUGGCAUCGCGGCAGACAGGCGACCUCGGCGAAGAAGAUGAAGAUGAAGACGAAGACGAAGACGAAGAAGAGGAGGGCGAUGAUACGAGUGCAGAGAAUAUCCAGGAUACAGAGCCGAAUCCAGAGAACGAGAGCACUAUAGACGAAAAGAUCGGUGCGCUGGCUGAACUUCCUGCAUUGACGACCGAUUCAAUACCUUGCGCUGGGUUCAAUGGCCGGUAUAAUAAAUCCGCGGAUACUUGCUAUUCCUUUUGGAACGGGGCGACACUGAUGAUGCUCGACCGAUAUUCCGUGAUUGAUGAUGUGCGGAAUCGAAAAUACCUAAUUGAAAAGGUUCAACAUUUAAUAGGUGGAUUUGGCAAAACAGUUGGCGAUCCUCCAGGUAUGACGAAAAGACUUUCUCUCCAUUUCCUCACUGUUACCGAGCGGCGAAUUCCCAAGGUUACUAACCCAACGCUUUCUCCAGAUCUUCUUCACUCAUAUUUUGGUAUGGUGUCAUUGGCUUUUCAAGGCGAAGAGGGACUUGCUCGUGUCGACCCUUUGUUAGUUACAACCGAACGAGUUGUGCAGCAUCUUGAAUCUCUCCCGUGGAGGUCCUAA